GCUACGUGGAACGACAAGACACAACACGAAUCGACACGACAGGGGCCUCCGUUGCGCGAUAAACCUACUUUGUGAAAUGACGACUUUUUGGAUGGAGCGACAAUUCAGAGUGAUAUCGCUGCACGGUGCAACACCGCGGUCGUUUCACGCUGCUAUUAACAGCGCCCGAGCUGCAACAGUGCAACAUUUCUGUAACACGCCAAAGAAUGAGACUUCCUACAGUUACACCGACCGACGAUAUCUCGGCACUCGUCGUGGCCGCAUACGAGCCCAAAAACGAAUUAUGCUGCCCAACGCUAUUCACGCAAAAGCCUUGUUUUCAUGCCCGUCGAUACACCCCUUUGCCAGGGAUAUCCUGAGGAGCUCCCGCCAGACAUCGAAUCAACAUGCGCUAUUCGGCGCCAGUGCGAUGUCGCUGCACCAUGGUAGACUCGAUCGAGACCGAGUCGAAAUCGUUGAAUAAUACCGACCUCUAUGGACUUUGGGGUCACCGGUCACCUCUCCAAGCACGUACCGCCAGGACCGACCGUUAGUCCCGAAAUCAUCCUGACAUCUUUGUGCAUCCCAACAUCAUUCUUACUUAUCUUAUCCGAGGGCUAGUCAAUCUCAGCCAUACAUCAUGGCCGAGGGAUUCAAGCCCAACAUGAAUUACUCUAAUAUGAUCGAGGAGAAGAACCUCAAAGUGAGUAUCGCAGCUACCGAAAACAUUCAUCAUAGCAACAUUGGCAUCCACUAUCAUUGGCACUUUUACUGCGAGUCUGGCGCUGCAUGACAAGAUCAAGGAGCGAGCGGCAAAGAACAAGCAGGAAGCGACAGAUAAAGGACAGAACGAAGAGCUCAAGGCAUUGAAGGAACAGAUCGAGAAGCUCAAUAAUACCAAUGAGGAUGCCCGGAAAGGGGAGAAGAAGUCACGCCCAUCGCGAUCGAGGUCCCGAUCCCGGUCCAGAUCCAGACGACGGUCACGGUCGCGAUCCAAUAGCGAUCGUCCCAGUCGACGACGACCCCGCCGCGACGAUUACGACGAACCCGAAGUCAGUGCCCGAGUCCAACACGUCGUCGUCGGAGUCAUCCGUGAUGCCAUGUCCAAAAACCCCAACCUCACUGAGGCAGAUGUCGCAAAACUCGUGGCUGCUGCGGAAGAAGCCGCUCGAGAUGGCACAGUCGAUACGCUACGCGAUCACUAUCAGCGCAUGAUACUACCCGCAGCAGCACCAGCAACGAAGCCUCUCCCGCCUGAAGAGCAGCAUCGAGCACUGCCUGCACCAUUGGAUCUGCCGCGUGGUCAGCGACCGAGCCAGGACCGACCUCCGAUGAGUGUUGCUGCUGGAGUACGACAGGAUCAGACCAGAUCGUAUACCUCCAAGAGCGUUGCUGGCUCGAGACAUGACUCCUACUUGGCGAAUUUGCCGAAUGAUGACUUCCAACAUAAGCCGGGCCUGGGCCGCCACCUGGAAGAGAGGAAUCCGAUGGAUUACUCGCCGCCGCCGCCACUUCCCCAGCAAGCCGCGCCUCAGAGGACCAAGUCUGUAUAUGCGGCCGAGAACUCCAGAGCGUCUGUGGGCGGAGGUCGGAACCGAUCAGUGCAUGCCGAUGAGUUCGUGGCGACAUCUCGAUCAUUGCCUAUGCAGAGUCAACGGCCUGCGGAGAGAGACAGUAGAUCUACCAAGGCAGAACCUGGGAAAUCCCGAGCGGCAUCACAAGGACCACCGCCGCCACCACCAGCAAGUGAACCCAGACCCUCAUCAACCAAGACUGAAGUUCCCAAGGCAAAGUCUUUACCGCAUCAGGCCGAUUGGAAACCUCCGCAAGAGAAAUACGACGAUCCUUUUGGGGGAGCAAAAUCCGUCAAGGCGUCCACUCAGGCCGUCAAAAGUGUAGUGCCUUCCCGAGCAGAAGGCGUCAAAUCCGAAAAGGCAUAUGCACAGCCCGCAAGAAGUGUCGGUGGCGCAAAGAGCGCAGCGCCAACACAAUCUGUCUAUGCCAAGUCAGAAGCACCAGUGUCCAGACCCGCCCCAGCAAAAUCCGAAGCCCCUCCCAAAUCCACCAAAACCGAACCUCCCAAAUCCCGCGCCCCCUCUCGAGUAGCAGCAGCAACAAAUGAUAAUCCCGGCUUCAUCGCACCCAUCCCCAUUCCCGCCCCACCCCUCGGACCCUCACACAUCCCCUCACCACCCCGCUCCUCCUCCGCCAACAACCCUCGGCCCAUCAAAGAAAUCCGCGAAGUCCGCGAAGUCCGCGAAAUCAAAUCCCUCCCCGCCCCUCCCAACGACCUCUUCUGCCGCUACGCCUCCGACCUCCAAAACAGCCAUCUCCCUCUCCAUCCCAAUUUCAAAUCCUCCGGCUCUCACCGCUGUCCCACAUGUUCCCACACCAUCCCCGUCGACACGCGCGACGUCUGGGUCCUCUCCACGCAUUCCCCUUCCAGUAACAAUAAUAAUAAUCACAGUAGUAGAACAAAAGACUACCGCCUCGACGCGCGCUUUAUUACAAAAUGCCAUACGCCUCAACGAGGCGAAUUCGCGUGUGUGCUUUGUGAUCGAUUUCGAGAUCGCGAUUGUUUGUGUCGGGGCGUGGAUAGUUUGGUUGCGCAUUUGGGGAAGGAACAUUGUGCGGAGGAAUUUGAGAGGGAUGACGAUUUGAUUCGUAUGGAUGUCGAUGAGAGGGGUGGGAAUGGUGGUGGGAGGAUGGUGGUUAGGGGGAAGGCGGGGAGGGAGAUGGCUUUGGCUUGAAUUUUGUGAGGGGGAAGGGGAUGGACUUGAGGUACUGAGAGAGAGAGAGAGAGAGAGAGAGAGAGAGAGAGAGAGAGAGAGAGAGAGAGAGAGAGAGAGAGAGAGAGAGAGAG